GGUGGUAUACGCGGUGGUGGUGCUGGAUCAAUAUCCUAGCAAUUCCAAAACUACUUUAUAUUAACGGCUGUACUUGGCCAUGCUUCCGAAGGGAAAAAACAGUUCACCUGAUUACUUUCGAGCGAAGGUACUGUACUCUAUCACGGAAUACACCAAAGCCUCGAGUAUAUGGCAUUUCGUCACACUGUUUUUCUUUCUGAUCUAGCACAAAAAAAUCUUCAGCCCGACAGAUGGGGAACGGACAACUUCAUGAGUUUUCACCGAGGCUUCGUGGUGCGUGGCUUUCGUUCGUGACAAUUGUCCCCGAGAAUCGACGGCCAUCAUGGAAAAUCGUCGAGUACAUAAGGGAGGCUUCGGAGACGAGUUUUGAGCUUCUUCAUCCAGUCCAGCAAGCCAGCUUCCAGCACUGCAUUGAACAUCACUCACUACAUCCGCCGGAAAACUAGCAGCAUCAUGAAGUUUACAAUCCUCGGAUGGGCCUUGGUUGGUCUGUCGCAGCUCAUCUCGGCUGCCCCUUCUACCAUUAGCAAGCGCCAGUCCGCCGAGGCCGCGAGCGUCGGAUAUGCCACCUUGAACGGAGGCACCACUGGAGGAAUCGGUGGUACCGUCACCACAGUCACCACUCUGGCUGCCCUGACUGCUGCCGUCGCCGGUGACGCCAAAAAGAUCGUUCUCAUCAGCGGAACCAUCACUGGCGCUGCCCGUGUCGACAUUGGUUCCAACACCAGUCUUCUCGGAAAGAACUCCGCCGCCGCUCUGGUCGGAAUCGGACUCAGAGUCUACAAGGAGAGCAACGUCAUCAUCCGCAACAUCAAGGUCUCCAAGGUUCUCGCCGGCACCGGUGAUGCUAUCGGUCUUCAGCUCGCCACCAACGUCUGGGUCGACCACGUUGAGCUCUUCUCCGACAUGGACCACGACAAGGACUACUACGACGGUCUUCUGGACAUCACCCACGCUUGCGACUGGAUCACCGUCUCCUACUGCUACUUCCACGACCACUGGAAGGCCUCGCUCGUCGGCCACUCCGACAGCAACGGCGACGAGGACACCGGCCACUUGACCGUCACCUACAAGCACAACUACUGGAAGAACAUCAACUCGCGCACUCCGUCGUUCCGCUUCGGUACCGGCCAUGUGUACAACAACUACUUCCUGAGCGUCAACGACGGCAUCAACACCCGCCAGGGUGCACAGCUCCUUGUCCAGAACAACGUGUUCGAGGACACCAGCGACCCCCUCUACUCCACCGACGACGGCUACGCCGUUGCCACCGGAAACGACUUUGGCAUUGGCGCCAACGAGGCCCUCGCCGGCACCCUCACCACCGUGCCUUAUUCGUACAGUCUCGGCUCUACCAGCACCACCAAGGCGUACGUCAUUGCCAACGCUGGUAACAGCUUGACCAUUGGUUAAAUGCUUAGCCCGCUGCCGUCGGGG